CUAUCGGGUUUUGUUUAGAGAUCGUGGCACCAUACUGGGUUCUUGUAACGAAAUCCUCUGGACCUGAAUGGCGGCAAUGGGUGCAUUAACUUCCGGGUUGCAGCAGCUGCAGUUGAAGACUUGUCAGCUCUUUGGAACUUCUGAUCUGCAUCACUUUGAUAACAUCCUUCCCAAGAAACGAGCUUCUCUGAAGCCAUUCGUGAUUGAAGCAAAGGCCAAUGCGAAGACUGAGAGUGCAAAAACCCGAAACAUUAGAUUGAGAAAAAAGUUUAAUGGCACAGCAACAAAACCAAGGCUAUCAGUUUUCUGUUCAGAUAAGCAGCUAUAUGCUAUGGUAGUAGAUGAUCAGAACAAAAGGUGUUUGUUCUACGGCAGCACUCUACAGAAAUCAAUUCGCCAGGAUCUAUCUUGCACCACCAUUGAAGCAGCUCAACGUGUUGGUGAAGAGCUCGUCAAGGUGUGCAUCGAUCUUGACAUAAAUGAAAUUUCAUCAUAUGAUCGCAAUGGUCUUGCAAGAGGAGAUAGAAUGCAGGCAUUUGAGAUUGCCAUUUCUCGUCAUGGGUUCUUGCCACGAUAACAUUGCAAUAUUCAGAUUAAUUGUUCUUAUUCACACUGGUUGUAGCAAGAAAAGGGGAGCCUGCAUGUUUGUGAGUUCUCAGAUUGUAAAAAGCCUCCAAAGGAUCCUACAUACGGUUUGAUAUGAUGUUUAUAUUACCUACUGCUGUUAGCCUGUUACUGGGUAUAGGUGCUUCUUUAAGUGCUUUUAUGUACUCUUUUUCCAGGCAGAAUGUUCUGCGA